AUGGCUGAACCAACACUUGAUGAAUUAAAACAACAACGAGCUUCUACUAAAGGAAGUAUAUCUCGGAUAAAGAAUAUCGUGGAAUCCAAUUCUAACGCCCUAACUUCAACUGAACUUGAAUGUCGUCUAGGAAUUUUGGAGUCGUAUUUUAAACAAAUAUUAGCAUAUCAAACCAAAAUAGAAGUUUUAUUACCAACAGAUACUAGUAGAGGUGAAAUAGAAGAUUUGUACAUCACCGCAAAAACUAAAAUUCUUUCGCUUUUGGGUACUGGUAGACGAAGUAGUAUCGCAGACAUGACAGUUUCUACUGUCCCACAUACAAUUAGUCAUCUUCCAAAACAACGUUUACCAAAGUUUAGUGGAAGAUAUUCAGACUAUAAAAAUUUUAUAAAUUCGUACAACAAUUUGGUAGAAAAUGAUUUAAGUUUGACAAAAAUAGAAAAAUUUAAUUACUUGCUUUCUUGUUUGAGUGAUCAAGCUCUUGGCACAGUUAAGGCUUUUCAAGUCACGGAAGCCAAUUAUCCCAAGGCACUUCUUAGUUUGAAAGAGCGCUAUGAUAAUGAUUGCCUCAUUUUCUUAGAAUAUAUCUCACAGCUGAUCGAAUUACCUAAGGUUCAAAAAGCUUCUUCUGUUUCUCUACGGAGCUUGGUAGACAAUAUUUCGGCGUUGAUUAGUUCGCUACUUUCUAUAGGAUCGCAUGAGAAUAUUUGUAACGCAAUAAUAAUUCAUAUUGCGAUGUCGAAGGUUGACACAGAUACACAAUCGAAGUGGGAUGAACAACUGGACUAUAAGAAGUUGCCGGAUUGGAAGGAUUGUGCAAGCAUACUCAAUAAACGGUGCCAAUAUUUGGAAGCAAGAGAUAGCAAUCAGAUUCGUUCGGAACAAUGCGUGAAGACAUUCAACAAACAUUCAUCAACAAAGCCAACAAUAGUAAAUCCUCAUCGCCCACAAACUUCGCUUGCUGCAAACCAACGAUCCUGUAUCUUAUGUCGAGACCUUAACCAUUCAAUUACAAAUUGUAAAAAAUUUCUUGAGCUUUCGGUUAUGGAUAGAUUUUGGAAAACCAAAAAACUAGGCUUGUGUCUGAAUUGUUUAGGGAAGCGUCAUAGUGUAUUAAGAUGUCCAUCGUCUUAUAAGUGCAAGACUUGCAAACAAGCACAUCAUAGCCUUUUGCAUAGGACUCAACCUGCAGACACCAAUUCUGGUAUUAAUCCUCCCUCAGAUACAUCUGGUCAAAGCACAUCAGCUGCAACUCAUUCCGCAAUGGAAAAAGAGCAAGUUCCUGAAGCACAAGUUAUUUUAGCAACAGCAUUAGUUCUUAUCAAGGACUCAUCGGAAGGCUUUCAACUCGGUAGGGUUCUACUAGAUUCUGGUUCACAAGUCAAUUUUAUUAAUGAAAAGUUCGCCAAUUCACUUGGUCUAAGGAAACAUCGUAAGAAUGUUGACAUCGUCGGAAUAGGAGUGACUGAAACAAAAAUAAAAUAUCAAACUCAAUCAACAAUCCGUUCACGAUAUAGCAACUUUGAAAUUUCUCUCGAGUUUUUAGUUGCACCUUCCAUCACUGGGUAUCAGCCUGAAGCAUCUCUCAAUGUAAGCAGUUGGAAUCUACCUUCUAAUUUAGAGCUUGCUGAUGAGAAUUUUAAUCAACCGUCACAAAUCGAUUUAUUAUUAGGGGCUGAAGCUUUCUUCGAUUUAUUAGAAUCAGGUCAGAUAAAACUCGGAGAGGGUCUUCCAUCAUUGCAACAAACUGCAUUAGGAUGGAUUGUAUCUGGAAGAUACAAAUCAAAAUACAACACUACAAAGAAAGCAUCGUGCGUAGCCAAUACACUUGAAGUUGGUCUUGAUAAAUAUUUUGAAAAAUUCUUUGAAUUUGAAGAAAUUCAAGGUCUACGGUCAAUAUGGUCUGAAGAGCAGAAUGAAUGCGAAAAGCAUUUCAUAGACACAAUUAAGGUGCUUCCUAGCGGUCGGCUUAUGGUACAACUACCUUUCAAAAAACAUCCUAGCUGUCUUGGAGGCUCUUACGAUAUUGCUUUUAGAAGAUUUUUGUCGCUUGAGCGUAGGUUAUCCAAAAAUGCAUCAAUAAAAAGUCAAUAUUCUGAUUUCUUAAAAGAAUACGAACGUUUAGGUCACAUGUCUCUAGUUCCCAAUCCAAACCUUGAUGAAGAUCAUUAUUAUCUUCCGCAUCAAUAUGUAUUAAGGCCUGAUAGCGUAUCAACAAAGUUACGUGUAGUCUUCGACGCAUCUUGCCGCACAUCAUCACAAAUUUCUUUAAAUGGAAUACUAAUGGUGGGUCCUACUAUACAGGAUGAGCUUUUGAUUAUUUUGCUACGUUUUAGACUUUAUCGAUACGCGCUAACUGCAGAUAUCGUUAAGAUGUAUAGGCAAUUCCUUGUGCAUCCAUCGGAUAGGAAAUUCCAAUUCAUCUUAUGGAGAGAAAACGAACAUACCCCAAUACAAACGUACCAGCUCAAUACCAUAACUUACGGCACAUCAUCUGCACCCUUUUUAGCAAUUCGCUGUCUUCAGUAUUUGGCUGAAAUUAACGUCGAACGUUUUAGUCAAGGUGCUGCUGUUCUUAAGUCGGACUUUUACGUUGAUGACAUGCUAACUGGGGCAGACGACUUGGAUACUCUUUGUCAAAAACGGAAUGAAGUCGUUUCAAUUUUGAGUACAGCUGGCUUAGAACUUUCGAAGUGGAACAGCAAUCAUAUCGCUUUAAUUGAAGAAGCUACACCAAAGGACAUCAAAUUGACUGAAUCCAAUCUCACCAGUACGUUAGGUAUUUCUUGGAACCCUCGUGCUGAUGAAUUCAUUUUUUCAUACAAACCUAAUCGGGUCUAUACAAAAUACACAAAAAGAUCUAUUCUCUCGCUUUCGUCGUCUCUUUUUGAUCCAAUGGGCUUGCUUAGUCCAAUAAUUAUCCGGGCUAAGAUACUGCUACAACAGCUUUGGAUAGAAAAAUUCGAUUGGGACGAAAAUAUUUCUCCAAAUCUCGAGACAGAGUGGCGUCAAUUCAUGACAGAUCUCAACUCAAUUCAAAAUCUUCCAAUUCCUCGAUACGUUUUUCUAGAAAACAAUAUCAGAUUCCAGAUACAUGGGUUCGCAGACGCAUCUAUGAAAGGGUAUGGCUGCUGCAUUUAUCUGCGGAGCAUUGACAAUAGUGGGUCCGUAGGAGUGAAACUUUUAGUCGCCAAAUCCAGAGUUGCUCCUGCAAAGAAGAGAACACUUCCCCGCCUAGAGCUCUGCGCAGCACAUCUCUUAUCCAAACUUUGGGUAACAAUACAAAGGGUCAUCGUCAAGCACUACAAUGAAACUUACUUUUGGACUGAUUCGUCAAUAGUUCUGCACUGGAUAUCCACACAUUCUUCGAAGCUAAAUACUUUCGUUGGUAAUAGAGUAGCUGAAAUCCAGGACACAACAAAGGAGGUGGUCUGGAAAUAUGUUCCAACUUCUGACAAUCCAGCAGAUAUAGUUUCUCGAGGAUGUACAGCGGAAGAGCUUAAAAGUUCAAUUUGGUUCAGGGGUCCAGAUUUCUUGAUCGAGGAUGAAGAAAGGUGGCCAUGUUCAUUAGGAGCUUCUCCUCCUCCAGAAGAUUUAUUGCUAGAACACAGGAAAACUGUUUUAGUUUGUCAAAAGACAAAAACUAUUAUCUCAAUUUAA